GUCGUAGUCGUCUCCACAAUGCCGAACCCACACUACGACUUCCUGAUCAAGCUCCUCCUUAUUGGAGACUCCGGUGUUGGCAAGUCAUGCUUGCUCCUCCGUUUCUGCGACGACGCUUGGACUCCGUCGUUCAUCACAACGAUUGGCAUCGACUUUAAGAUUCGGACCAUUGAGCUCGACGGAAAGCGUAUCAAGCUGCAAAUUUGGGAUACGGCCGGACAAGAGCGCUUCCGAACAAUCACAACGGCGUACUACCGUGGAGCGAUGGGCAUUCUUCUCGUCUACGAUGUCACUGAUGAGCGGUCCUUCCAAAACAUUCGCACUUGGCACUCCAACAUUGAGCAGCACGCCUCUGAGGGCGUAUCAAAGAUUCUCGUGGGAAACAAGUCGGACUGGGAGGAGAAGCGAGUGGUGACGCAGGAGCAGGGUCAGGCGCUGGCAGACGAGCUUGGCAUCCGAUACGUCGAAACGUCGGCAAAGGCAAACACCCAGGUCGAGGAUGCCUUCUUUACCCUUGCGCGUGACGUGAAGGCGAGACUCAUCGACACGGCUCAGAGCACCAGCGGUGCGCCUGGCCAGACAGGCGAUGCGGCGGGCGGCUUCGGUGGAUCGGGUGGCAUCAACGUCGGCGCUCAGGGUAACAAGACGCAGGGGUCGUGCUGCUCUUAGAGGGUCUCAUCUUCUUCUCACGGCAACAUGAUGGACUUGGAAUCGGCUGUGGCACGCUGUGAACUGGCGGCAGUUUCACAAUUUAAUCUCAUUUCUCUGACUAGUGUUGCUUCAUCAUUGCUGCACCUCGGACAGAGCAAUGAGGUUGUAGUUGACCUCUGUGGGGUCCAAUGCCAUCUGUGUCGAGGUAAGAAGAGGUAAGCGGAAGCCACCCCUGUGGAACGCACAGAGAGACACCUACGUAACUAUCUCUGAUCCAUGAAGUCGCCAACUUGAGAAGGUCCUUCUGCUCUUCGACCUUGACCUUCCGGUUGACAGGGCCUUUUCUCCGUCCAUCGAGCUCCACGAG